UUAAAAGAUUUAGAUGCACUAUUGUAAAGUGGCUGUUCCACUGGAUGUCAUAAGGUGAAUGCACCAAUUUGUAAGUCGCUCUGGAUAAGAGCGUCUGCUAAAUGACUUAAAUGUAAAUGUAAAUGCAUCUGGGAAACUAAGCCAAGUUGAGAUUAAGACAAUAACACUGUACAGCUAAGGACCGGAUGAACCCAGAGUGGCUUAUGAUGCCCAUUGGGGUGGAACCAGCCAUGACUAAGCAUUCUUAGUGUCAGCUAUAUAUAGAACUCUGCAUUCUGUAAAGGUUAGUUAACUCGGUCCAACACUCAAGGGUGUUGGGUCGAACCAGCCUCAUUAUUGCAAUAAUGAAUCGAUAUUGAAUAAAGAUGAUUGUUUGAAGAAAUGACAAGGUCUCUCUCACUUGAUUAGAAUAUUCCACUACAAGUUCAAGCGGGUGUAGACUUUCUAUAGGAACUGUAUGGAUUAUGUCAUUUCAUCCAUUCCGCCCUUUCAUGGUUAGACAGCAAAGAAGUAGAGAUACAGUUGAAGUCUAAAGUUUACAUACACUUAGGUUGGAGUCAUUAAAACUUGUUUUUCAACCACUCCACAAAUUUCUUGUUAACAAACUAUAAUUUUGGCAAGUCGGUUAGGACAUCUACUUUGUGCAUGACGCAAGUCAUUUUUCCAACAAUUGUUUACAAACAGGUUAUUUCACUUAUAAUUCACUGUAUCACAAUUCCAGUAGGUCAGCAGUUUACAUAAACGAAUUUGACUGUGCCUUUAAACAGCUUGGAAAAUUCCAGAAAAUUAUGUCAUGGCUUUAGAAGCUUCUGAUAGGCUAAUUGACAUCAUUUGAGUCAAUUGGAGGUGUACCUGUAGAUGUAUUUCAAGGCCUACCUUCAAACUCAGUGCCUCCUUGCUUGACAUCAUGGGAAAAUCAAAAUAAAUCAUCCAAGGCCUCAGAAAACAAAUUGUAGACCUCCACAAGUCUGGUUCAUCCUUGGGAGCAAUUUCCAAACGCCUGAAGGUACCACGUUCAUCUGUACAAACAAUAGUACGCACGUAUAAACACCAUGGGACCAUGUAGCCGUCAUACCGCUCAGGAAGGUGACGCUUUCUGUCUCCUAGAGAUGAACGUAAUUUGGUGCGAAAUGUGAAAAUCAAUCCCAGAACAACAACAAAGGACCUUGUGAAGAUGCUGGAGGAAACAGGUACAAAAGUAUCUAUACCCACAGUAAAACGAGUCCUAUAUCGACAUAACCUAAAGGUCACUCAGCAAGGAAGAAGCCACUGCUCCAAAACCGCCAUAAAAAAAGCCAGACUAUGGUUUGCAACUGCACAUGGGGACAAAGAUCGUACUUUUUGGAGAAAUGUCCUCUGGUCUGAUGAAACAAAAAUAGAACUCUUUCGCCAUAAUGACCAUUAUUAUGUUUGGAGGAAAAAGGGGGAGGCUUUCAAGCUGAAGAACACCAUCCCAACCGUGAAACACAGGGGUGGCAGCAUCAUGUCGUGGGGGUGCUUUGCUGCAGGAGGGACUGGUGCACUUCGUAAAAUAGAUGGCUUCAUAAGGAAGGAAAAUUAUGUGGAUCAGUCAGAGACAUCAGUCAGGAAGUUAAAGCUUGGUUGCAAAUGGGUCUUCCAAAUGGACAAUGACCCCAAGCAUACUUCCAAAGUUAUGGCUUAAGGACAACAACGUCAGGGUAUUGGAGUGGCCAUUACAAAGCUCUGACCUCAAUCCUAUAGAAAAUUUGUGGACAGAACUGAAAAAGCGUGUGCGAGCAAGGAGGCCUACAAACCUGACUCAGUUACACCAGCUUUGUCAGGAUGAAUGGGCCAAAGUUAAACAAUUUAAAGGCAAUGCUGCCAAAUACUAAUAUACUGUAUGUAAACUUCUGACCCACUGGGAAUGUGAUGAAAGAAAUAAAAGCUGAAAUAAAUAAUUCUCUCUACUAUUAUUCUGACAUUUCACAUUGUUAAAAUAAAGUGGUGAUCCUAACUGCCCUAAAACGGAAUUUUUACUAGGAUUAAAUGUCAGGAAUUGUGGAAAAACUGAGUUUAAAUGUAGUUGGCUAAGGUGUAUGUAGACUUCCGACUUCAACUGUACAAUAACAUGUUAGAACAAUGCUUGAUUUGCUGUAAUUAUUACCAAUACCACUCUCUCUCCCACAUCAUCCUUCUCUCAUUCCACCUAUUCCAUUUAUCAGUGAUAUCAUCAGUGGUAACUACAACCAGUCUACAACCAAGAGAAGUGGCAGCUCCGGGCAGUGACAUCACCCUUAGCUGCUCUUUGUCUAAAAACCUGAACCUCAACAACCUGGUCAUCAACUGGCAGCGUGGAGAGUCAGAGGUGGUCCACAGCUAUUACCAUGGGAGAGAUCAGCUGGAAAGACAGAGUGUUGUUUACAAGGGACGAACUCAUCUGUUUGAAGACCAGCUCACUGUGGGAAAUGCCUCACUUAGACUGAGUGGUGUGCAGCCGAGUGACCAGGGCCCAUACACCUGUGAUGUGACAGAUGAACAGGGAAGCACCCAGGAAAAGCUACAACUUCUAGUGGCAGCCCCUUAUGAUGAGCCCAGGAUAUCCAUCCAAGCCACUUGUGACGGCUUUGUUGUGACCCUCAGUGCCUCUCAGGGGUUUCCCCAGCCAGAGGUAGUGUGGAAAGGUGUGAUGGGCAGUACCAACACCACUAUGGAGUUAGACAGCAAGGGGCUCUAUGAGCUGGAGAGUGAGGUGACCCUGAGGCUGAACAGCACUCUGACUGUUACAGCCGAGCUGAGACUGAGGUUGCUGGACCAGAGUUUCACCAAGUUUCUCACACUCCACCCACCACCAGUGUGCUAUGUGAUGCCUGCUGAGCAGAGGAGCAGAUUGUUGUUAUAUCCCCUGCUGGGAUUGGUGCUUCUGUUAUCCUGGAAGAGGACUGAGCAGGAGACCAAAAAGGAUAAGAAAACAGAAGAAUAGAAUGGCCUUCGGUCCAUGGUCACUCAACAGGCUUUAUGCCAGAGCUUGUUUACAGAGAAAACAUAAAGGGGGGACAGACUUUUAUACUAAUGUACAUUUUAAUAGAAAUUAAUUUUGUAAAAUCGGAAAUACAAUACAUUAUACACAAAGUUCAACACAAUACAAUGGGAGUUGCACACCACAACACUAGAUGGUCAUAUGUACCUCUGCUCCAAAUCUGGUUCCUCUUAAGGUUUUUUCCUUGUAGGGAGUUUUGACUUACUGCUACUUGCUUAGGGAUUUAGCCCAAGCCCAGGUAAAUCACCUUUUAUAUCCACAGUUGUCUUACUGGGCUUUAUAAAUUACAUGUAUUUAUUGAUUGAAACGAUGGCAGCUAUAGCGUCUAAUGAAAGUUGUUACGUGUGUUCCAGGCAAUGUACUUUCCAGAAUGUGUUUUUUUUUAAAUAAAAAGAGAUGAACCCUCAA